UCAGUCACCGGAUACACACCUUUUUUGUUUUGUUGAUUUUUUCGACUAUCGUGUGAAUAGUUUUGCUGGUUUUGGUUUGGUAUAGUGAGUAGUGAGUCAAUAUGUUAGCAGAUAGUAAAGAGUCCGGUAAAUCACCAAGUAGUGAGAGCACUCUAAAAAAGUCAGAUUUCGUUACUAGAGAUCCUAUUUCCAUUUUUAGUAGGAUAAAAAAUGCAAGUGAUGAAGAGGAAAAAAAGAAGCUUAAUCAACUUUUAGAGACACUAAGGAAGAAAUCGCCUGAGGGCUUUAAGAUAGGAGCUGCUGUAGGUGAAGGGGAUUGUUUCUUUGAUUCCAUAGCUCAAGGAUUGAACGAGCUAAAAGAUAAAGGUCUGAUUACAGGUAGUAAAGGAUUUAGUGUAAAGUCUUUGCGGGAAAAUUGUAAGCAAUAUGCACAACAAGUUAAUCAAUCAAAAAAAGGUUCAUGGUUGGGUAGGGCUUUAAAAGGAGAAGGUGAAAAACUUUGUGAAUAUAUUCUGCGUAUUGGAUUUACUGCAGAAGACAUAGAAAAUACAAGCUCUGGUUCAGAAAUAGAAAUUCUAAAGUUGGAAAACGCUAUAUGGGGAAGACCGGAAGUUGAAGGGAAAAUGAUAUGUGAUAAGUAUGAGGUGAAAGUUAAGAUUAUAAAAUUGAGAGAUAAAGAGAUAGAUGGAUUACAUGUUACUAAAGGCAAGGUAGGUACAGGUAAUAAUAUUAUUUACAUAGUGAAUUACAGGAACCAUUUUGUACCACUUCUUAGUAAUAUUGAAAAAGAUAUAAAGAGAAGCAUAAAAGUUUAUAGAGUCGAAGCUUACGGUAAUGUGGUAGGUUCAGAUUCAAACAAUAUUUCUCAAUCUUACAUUUCUACACCAUUACAAGGUAUUGAAAACCCUACAUACAAACAAAGUGGUUGCCCAAGAAGUCCAGGUAAGGAAAAUCAUAAAACGGGUAGAAAACGUGGGCGUUCUGUUACAGAUAAAGAUAAUAAAGCACCAAAAAGGGCGCGCAUGGAUGUAAAUGUUGCUAGUAAUGAAGAGUUAGAAUCGCCUAGUGAUUUACAGGAUAACCCUGAACAGGACGAACUGCAUAAUGCUUUUCAGACUAAGCGACACAUUCCUCAUCAUUUGAUUGAACUUAUGUAUCAAUUAGACUUAUCAGUGCUGUGCUUACUUAGAAAGUCUACAUAUGAACAUAAAUAUCCUUCAUUGUCAUUAGCGUUUGGAGAUUCUGAAAUUGACAAAUUUAGUAAUAUCGUUCUCCGCUCUAAGGGGAAGUCUAUUCAUAUACAAGUUGAAAAUGUGGAAAAUUAUAUAGAUAAUAAUAUCAGUUAUGCUAGGUUAUUUAAUAAAGAAAGACGAAGUUCUUCUGUUAAUAGUUACUUUGAUAGUUUUGUUAAACAUCUAAUCUCUAAAUCAGAUCUCUAUAUCAGUUUAUAUAAUGUGAAAUAUCUUAUUGUCUAUACUAAUUCAGGCUUGGAUCUUACAGAAGAAAAGAAAUUAAAACAAGGACGAUCCAAAAACUUUUAUCCUUUUAAGUUUUAUAGCAUAAAUAUAGAGGAAUACGACAUUCUAAAAAACUUUUUAUUUACAAGUAAUAACAUACAAGGGCAUGGUUUUUAUCAGUUUUCACAAGAUAAAACAACAAGAGAGGAACUCUUAAAGCGAUUAAAAUUCUCGCCUGCCGUGCAGAAAGUAAUAAAAAAAAGAGAGCUUUCUCAGGGGUUUGAAAAAGAAAUAAAAGAAGCAUUUUUAGAUAAAUUAGUAUUUGCAGUUAAUCAGCCUAAUAGAGAAGAGCUGAACAGCAGUAUUAAAAGUGAAAUGAAAAAAAAUAGUGAAGUUCAAGAUAAUUAUAAUUAUAUAAUAUUACAAGAAAGAAUAUUAAGUAAUUUAGAAGAGCAUAAAAAACUUGGAAACUAUAUAUCUGGAAUUAUAUAUGAAUUUAAUUUAUUAAAGCUUUUUUUGCAUGACAUGUUCUUGCAUAAAAAUAUGAUUUCCAUAAAUUUUGAAGGAAAAAGCCGUGACACAUCUAAUAAUAUUACUAUCAAUUAUAAAGGUAGAGCUACUUACUUAGAGGCUCAUAACGCAGAUAGUAAUAUUGAUUAUAGUCAGUUAUUUCCCUCCAGACAACAGAAUAAUACGUUUUCUAUUGAUAAGCUUUUUACUCUUUUUGUUGAAAAAUUAGAAGAAAGUAUAGAAUAUUUUAUUAUCUAUACUAAUGCAGAUCUAGAUCUUACGGAAGAAAAGGAAUUAAAAAAGGGUCAAUCUAAAGAUUUUUAUCCUUUGAAAUUUGAUAUUAUGGAUAUUCGAAAGAAGAAGUAUAAAAUUUUAAGAGAUUGUUCAUGUAUAGGUGGGAAUGGUCUUUAUCAAUUUUCGCAAGAGGAAACAACAAGAAAAAAGCUUUUAAGUCUAUUAAAGCUUCCACCUUCUUUACAGAAAGAAAGAGAAGGAGGACUGUCUGAUGAAAAUGAAAAAGAAACAAAAGAGAAAUUUUUAGAUAAAUUAGUAUUUGUGGUCAACCAGCCUAAUAGGGAAAAGUUGAAUAGUGUUAUUAGAGGUAAAAUAAAUAAUCAGUCCAAUAUUCCAUAUAAUUGCGAAAAGUUACAUGAAAUAGCAUUACGUUGGUUAGAAUCUCAUGAACUUGGUCCUGUCACAAAAGGAAUAAUAGAAAAGAUUUUAGAAGAUAUCAACCAUAAUAGAUUUAGUUAUCAGGCGAUUCAAAAUAAAGACGUUAAUGAGGAAUUUAAAUUUGCUAAAAGUGUGGUUGGCAGAGAAGGAACGGCUGUGUUUUAUCAGUUCUUAGGUUUUUUAGUUAAAGGAGAAGGAAAAAAAUGUCUAGAAGUUUUGAAAAGAAAAGGAAUAAAUCUAUCUACAGUAUCCAGUAUUUUGCAUGGAGCAGGAGAUAGUGCUGUAAAAGCUUUUAAAGACUUAUAUGACUUUUGGUUUGAUGGAAAAGGAAAUAAAACCCAAUACUUGAAAACUCUGGAAGAAAAAGGAAUAAAUCUAUCUAAUAUAUCAAGCAUUUUGCAUGGAGCAAGAGCUAAAGCUGCAAAAGCUUUUAAAGACUUAUAUGACCUUUGGUUUAAUCAUAAUGGAAGAAAAACAAAAUAUUUAAUAAAACUAGAAGAAAAUGGAGUAGACCUAGUUCGUGUGUCCAGUAUUUUAAGUGGAGCAGGAACUAGUGCUUUUAAGGCUUUUCAAGAUUUAUAUAACCUUUGGUUUGAUAAAAAAGGAAAUAGAACACAAUAUUUAAAAACUCUAGACAAAGAAGGAAUAAAUCUAUCUAAUAUAUCCAGUAUUCUAGGUGGAGCAGGAACUAAUGCUCCUAAAGCUUUUAAAGAUUUAUAUGACCUUUGGUUUAAUGAGCAAGGAAAUAAAAAACAACAUUUAAAAACUCUAGAGACAGAGGGAAUAAAUCUAUCUAAUAUGUCCAGUAUCUUGCAUCGAGCAGGAGCUAAUGCUGCAAAAGCUUUUAAAGACUUAUAUGGUCUUUGGUUUGAUGAGCAAGGAAAUAAAAAACAAUAUUUAAAAACUCUAGAGAAAGAAGGAAUAAAUAUAUCUAAUAUGUCCAGUAUUCUAGGUGGAGCAGGAACUAAUGCUGCAAAAGCUUUUAAAGACUUAUAUGAACUUUGGUUUGAUAAGCAAGGGAAUAAAAAACAUUAUUUAGAGGCUCUAGAAGAAAAGGGGAUAAAUCUAUCUCAUAUGUCCAGUGUUUUAAGUGGAGCCGGAUCUAGUGCUGCAAAAGCUUUUAAAGACUUGUAUGACUUUUGGUUUGAUAAGCAAGGGAAUAAAAAACAAUGUUUAGAAGCUCUAGAAGAAAGGGGGAUAAAUCUAUCUAAUAUGUCCAGUAUUUUAAGUGGAGCAGGAUCUAGUGCUGCAAAGGCUUUUAAAGACUUAUAUGACUUUUGGUUUGAUAAACAAGGGAAUAAAACGCAAUAUUUAAAAACUUUAGAAGAAAAAGGAAUAAAUCUAUCUACUGUAUCUAGUAUUUUACAUGGAGCAGGAACUAGUGCUUCUAAAGCUUUUAAAGAUUUAUACAACCUUUGGUUUGAUAAAAAAGGAAAUCGAACACAAUAUUUAAAAACUCUAGAGAAAGAAGGAAUAAAUAUAUCUAAUAUAUCCAGUAUUCUAGGUGGAGCAGGAACUAAUGCUCCUAAAGCUUUUAAAGAUUUAUGUGAUCUUUGGUUUGAUGAGCAAGGAAAUCAAAAGCAGUAUUUAAAGCAUUUUAUUGAGAAAAAAGAUGGGGAAAAAACUUUUACGAUGUAUAACUUAUCCAGUAUUUUAGGUGGAGCAGGAGCUAGUGCUAAAGAUGCUUUUGAAAAAUUGCAUAGUGUUUGUUUUAACGACGAAGGAAAAAGAACACAACUUUUAGAUGAUUUCUAUGGGGCAGGUUUUGAGCCAAGUAACUUAUCCUGUAUGUUAUGUAAAGCAGGAGUUCAUAUUUCUUCCAUCUCAAAAAGAUUGCAUAGCGUUUGUUUUAAUGAUGAAGGAAAAAGAACAAAACUUUUAGAUGACUUCUAUAAGGCAGGUUUUAGGACAUGUGAUUUGUGCAGUAUAUUAAGUGGAGCAGCGGAUAGUUUAGAAAAAUUUCAUGAUUUUUGUUUUAUAGGAGAAACAAAAAAGUAUUUAAACCAUUUUUUAAAUGACGAAAAAGGUUUUACGCUGAGCAAUUUAUGUAAUAUAUUGCAUGGAGUAAGAGCUAAUAUUUGUUCUGUUUUAAAAGAUUUUCAUGAUGUUUGUUUUGAUGAGGUAGGAAACAAAACGCAGCUUUUAGCUGAUUUCCGUAAGGUGGGUUUUACGCCUAGUGAUUUAUCCAAUAUAUUGUCCAUGGCAGGAAAUAAUGCCACUUCUAUUUUAAGAAAUUUUCAUAAAGUUUAUUUUAAUAAAGAAAAUCACUUCUUAGCCAAGAAAGAACUUUUUACGCCAAAGGGUUUAUCCAAGAUAUUACAUGGAGUAGGACUUAAUAUUUGCCUUACCUUUGAAAAAUUGCAUGAUCUUUGUUUUGAUAAGGCAGGCAACAAAACAAAGUAUUUAAACAAUAUUAUCCAAAAUAACCGGCAUGAAAUGUUUAAUAUAUUAUAUAAAAAAGUCAGAAAAGCUCCUGCUUUCUUAGAUGAACAGAAUAUUAGUGAAGGAGACAAAAUAACCAAUGUAGGCCUUGAGUCAACUAGUUCAUCUGGUAGAACGGAGCAAGGACAAAAUUUAGGUAACGCACAACAAAAUGGUCCUAAAGUUAAAAAAAGAAAAAAAGAGAAAAACCAGGAAGGGUACCUUAAAUCGGGGCGAAAACAGGCAAGAAAUUACUGACGGAAUAGAUGAUAACCCUGAAACUUAAAGUAAAGACUGCUAUAAAUCAACAACACACGUUGUCGUCAAGAAGAAUGGAACACUGAGAAUCACUGGUAAUUACAAGCCAUCACUCAACCCAAGAAUCAUCAUCGAUGAACAUCCGAUUCCGAAAACCGAACACCUGUUCAACCGAAUGCCAGGCGCUUCUCUUUUCUACCACUUGGAUGUUACAAACGCCUACACCCAUCUCGAGGUCGAUGAAGAGUUCAGCUAUGCACUAACGCUUAAUACUCCAACUCAUGGUCUCAUCCAGCCAAAACGAGCAGUGUAUGGUGCAGCCAACAUUCCUGCUAUUUAGCAAAGACGAAUGGAGACAGUGCUACAAGGGCUUGAAAAUUCCGAUUUAGGCAACAUGGGCACAAGCUAAACCGAGAUAAAUGUACCUUUGCGGAGCAUGUCUUAGAAGCUCUUGGUCACAAGAUUGAUGCAUCCGGAAUCCACAAAUAUGAUAUACAUAUCCGUACAAUACGUGAUGCACCCAAACCAGUAACUCCACAAGAACUACAUCUGUUUCUUGGAAAAGCAACUUUUUAUAAUUCGUUUAUUCCAGAUCUAUCUACAAGAGAUAGACCACUGAGAUAUGCUACUUAAAGACCCAUUCAUCUGGACUCCAGAAGGCAACAAAGCUUACGAAGAUAUUAAGAACGCUCUAACUUCACUGCAAGUAUUCAUCCAGUAUGUUCCAACCUUGCCUCUUCUGUUAGCCACCGACGCCAGCAAAACAAGUCUCGGUGCAGUGUUCUCUCAUCGACUAAGCAACGGCCAAUCGCUAUGGGCGGUACAAAAUUUCUUCAAUUACUUGUACGCACGCCACUUCACGCUUAUCACAAAUCACCAGCCAUUGACACAAAUUCUGUAUCCUGAGAAGUCACUACCGUGUAUCGGUCACAUGGCCAACUAUGCUGACUAUCUGGCACACUUUGACUACGACAUUGUUUUCAAGACUUCUAAAGACAACGCUAACGCAGACUAUUGUUCCAGAGCACCAUUAACUUCUACAGUAAACAUCAUUGACAACUCUUCUUCGUCACAAAGGGAAGAAGCACAGGAUUUCGACGAUUUCGAUUGUUUUGCUAUACAUCAAACUCAGCAACUACAAGUGAGAGCAGAAGCAAUCACACGCGAAACGAGAAAAUACCUACACCUUGGAAAAAUCGUGAAAAUUCUAGAAGAUCCACAAGAUUUAGUAUACCACAACUUUAAAGCUCGCGAAGUUAAGUAUACCCUAGCAGCCAACUGCUUGACGUUUGAACAUAGAGUAGUGAUUCCGCCUUUUCUACGAGACACCAUCCCCAACGAUCUUCAUGUCGCUCAAAUAGGCAUAGGCAAAAUGAAAGGAUUGGCACGUUCCUUUGUUUUUUGGCCAGGCAUAGACGCAGACAUUGAGAGACUUGCUAAGUCUUGCGCCGCAUGUGUAACAUAAGCGUAUGAUCCACCCAAAUUUCGUGACCACCACUGGGAGUACCCAAAGGCACCAUGGGAACUUAUUCAUAUUGACUACGCAGGUCCAGUAGCCAACACGAUGUUGUUAAUCGUUGUCGAGGCUUACAACAAAUGGGUUGAAGUAAAACCUACCACCCUUACCACAGCAACUUCAACAAUCGCUAUUAUGGACAACCUCUUCACAGCAUAUGGUACAUCAAUCACUCUUGUUUCAGACAACGGUAGACAAAACAUUGCUGAAGAAUUCAAGACUUUCCUGAAGAAUAGUGGAGUGAAAUACCACAAGCUAUCAGCACCAUACCAUCCAUCAACAAAUGGACAAGCGGAACGGUAUGCGCAAACAGUGAAAGACGCACUAUAUACAAUAAAAACUACGAAAUCGACACUACAGAGUAAUCUUAACCAAUUCCUUCGACAAUAUCGCAAAGCACCACAUUCCAUCACAAGACAGUCCCCAAGUCAAUUGUUCUUAGGACGAGACCUUCGCACUCGCCCCAAUCUAACGAGAUCUGAUGAUAUAUCAACGAAAGUGUUAGAAAAACAACGAGCUGAAAUGCGCUCCACCUUUCGCUCCUUGGAAGAUGGACAAAGAGUGUAUUUCUGAUCUGGUAACCAGAAGAUCGACAAAUGGCUCCCUGGGACAAUUUCUAAACGAAUAAGUGAUCUCCACUAUGAAAUCAACUAUGAAGAUAAACAAAUAAGACGUCAUAUAGCCCAAAUAAGAACUUUCAAGGACCAAUACAGGUACUAACAAAUGAUUGUCAACGCCAUAUUCGAUUUUAUGAAGAACCACCAAUUGCACCAGCUGCGAAAACACCAAUUCGGGAAUCAUAACCUCCAGUGAUACCAGAGAAGACCUCACACUCCAAGUAUACCACGAAAAUCAAAUCGAGUAAAUCGUCCACUAUUGAGAUAUUCACCAAAUUGAAAAGAGGGAGGAAUGUUAUAUAUUUAUUGGAGUACAUCCCUACCUGUGAAACCUGAAAAACUGUCAAGCUCAUGUCAUACGUUUAGUUUUGAAUGACUUGUAAUUUUGAAUUUGCAUUUUAAAUAAAAGUAAGUUUUAGUGCACUUAUAUAUCUAUAAACCCCCCAAGAAACAUAACAGUGGUGUCAGAAGCGGGAUAGAUACAUAAACUCGUGAAAGUGUAACACAGGAACGAAAUCUAAGAACUGCAACGUCAAACUGCAACUUCAAACCUCGUGCUCAAAUACAGUUUCAUCGCCACGUUGGUAAGUCUUCUGUUCAUAAACGUUGUUCAACAUGGCUCAAGUAAUACUAGAAUUACUCCAACAACUAUCGGGAUUAAUUGCCAACGCCAUAUGACAGUCGCAAGCAAAUACCUGGUCAAACAGAACCAACGUCAUCAGCACAGUCUCGACCACCCCAAUUCUCCAUGCAAGCAUAUCGCGCUGGCGAUUGAACUACAAUCACAGAGUACUUUACACGGUUCACCUGGGCGCUCAAUCUGAGUUACAUCCCUGAAGAACAACAUGCUCAUUAUGCACGUGUCUAUAUGGGUUCUGAGCUCAACGAUGCCUUAAGAUCCUUGGCAGUCCUGAAGAUCCAAAAUCUUUAACAUAUUUUUAAAUUUAAACGAAACUUACUGUUCAUUUCGAUGCAACACGCAAUAAGUUUGCUGAAAGUAUCAAAUUUCGAAGCACCGUGCAAAAACCAAGAGAAUCGAUUGCUAGUUUUACCUUAAGACUGCGACAAGCGGCAACCUAUUGUGAAUAUGAAGCAUUCCCCGACAGAACGUUGAUCGAACAAAUCGCAGGUCUAGAGUUAAGAGAAAUGUGUGACGAAAUCAUCGCCAAGAAGCCAGAGAACUUCACCGCUGCAUACGAAAUCGUCUACGCACUCGAAGCCACUCGAAACACUUGACGAAGUAAAGACUGUUGCCACCAAACCAGAUGCAACGAACCGGAUUAGAUACGAAAAACCUUCAUCUCGAAAAAAUUGUAAUCAGCGACCAAACAGUUCAUCAACACGCCGACACCAGAAAUCGCCAAAUCAAGCAAGGUAUAACCAAACAAAUCAGACAUCCACAGACAAUCAGCCAGUAUGCUCAGGUUGUGGUGAAAAUCACCCUCGAAGUCAGUGCAGAUUCCUCAAUGCAAACUGUCUCAAGUGUGUAAAGAAGGGACACAUCAGCAAAGUAUGUCGAUCGAAGACAACACGGGGUACAAAUAAUGUCACGGAAGACAAACCAGCAGAAAACAUUGCUGCCAAGAGAUCAACUUUGAACGCCCCUUUGCAAAACCGGAUCUAAUUCAUAAGCUUUCAGCCAAAUAACCUUUGUCCUUGGAACAUCAAAGGCAACUUGACAUCAUCCUCAACCUGCACUAAGACGUGUUCAGCAAUGUCCCUGGAAAAAUCUCAGGACCACCAGCGAAAAUGUAUUUGAAAAAUGGCGCUACUCCUAUCUUCGCCCGUGCUCGAGAUAUACCAGUUGCUCUCCGUGAUGCGUACGCCAAGGAAAUCGAGUCAAAAAUUUCAUCCGGCUUCUACGAAAGAGUCGAUUAUUCAGAGUGGACAUCAACAACACACGUUGUCAUCAAGAAAAAUGGGAAACUAAGAAUCACUGGUAAUUACAAGCCAACACUCAACCCAAGGAACAUCAUCGAUAAACAUCCGAUUCGGAAAAUCGGACACCUGUUCAACCGACUGCCAGGCGCUUCUCUUUUCUGCCACUUGGAUGUUACAGACGCCUACACCCAUCUCGAGGUUGAUGAAGAGUUCAGCCAUGUACUAACGCUUAAUACUCAAACUCAUGGUCUCAUCCGGCCAAAACGAGCAGUGUAUGGUGCAGCCAACAUUCCUGCUAUCUGGCAAAGACGAAUGGAGACAGUGCUGCGACUACAAGGACUUGAAAAUGUAAGUUUUUUCGAUGACAUUAUUGUAUUUGCCGACAAUUUUGGUAAACUGAUUCAAGCAUUGAACUUAAUCUUAGACCGAUUUAGGCAACAUGGGCCCAAGCUAAACCGAGAUAAAUGUAUCUUUACGGAACAUGUCUCAGAAGCUCUUGUAUUGUAUUUUGUAUUGUCUCGCAAUCGCACGCGAAACCUAUUAAGACCUACACCUUGGAAAAAUCGUGAAAAUUUGGAAGAUGGACAGCAUUUAGUAUACCACAACUUUAAAGCUCCCGAAGUUAAGUAUACUCUAGCAGCCAACUGCUUGAUGUUUGAGCAUAGAGUAGUGAUUCCGCCUUCUCUACGAGAAGCCAUCCUCGACGAUCUUCAUGUAGCUCAAAUAGGCAUAGGCAAAAUGAAAGAAUUGACACGUUCCUUUGUUUUUUGGCCAGGCAUAGACGCAGACAUUGAGAGACUUGCUAAGUCUUUCGCCGCAUGUGCAACACAAGCGCAUGAACCACCCAUAUUUCGUGACCACGAUUUCGUUCCACCAUGGGAACGUAUUCAUAUUGACUACGCAGGUCCAGUAGCCGACACGAUGGUGUUAAUCGUUGUUGACGCUUACAGCAAAUGGGUUGAAGUAAAACCUACCAUCCUUACCACAGCAGCUUCAACAAUCGCUAUUAUGGACAACCUCUUCACAGCAUAUGGUACACCAAUCACUCUUGUUUCAGACAAUGGAUAAUUCAUUGCAGAAGAAUUCAAGAUUUUCCUGAAAAAUAGUGAAGCGAAAUACCAGAAACUAUCAGCACCGUACGAUCCAUCAACAAAUGGACAAGCGGAACGGUAUGCGCAAACAGUGAAAGACGCACUAUAUACAAUAACAACUACGAAAUCGACACCUACAGAGUAAUCUUAACCAAUUCCUUCGACAAUAUCGCAAAACACCACAUUCCACCACAAGACAGUCUCCAGCUCAAUUGUUCUUAGGACGAGACCUUCGCACUCGCCUCAAUCUAACGAGACUUGAUGAUACCGGUUACGAACUGAUGAUACAGUAUAAAUACCAUGAAGAAUGGGAAAACCGCUGGGAUUGAUGAUAUCUCUAUGGAACAGAUCAACAAUUUCGAGACUGGAACCAAAGAAUGGAUAUUUAGCUUUAUUAUAACAUACUAUAUUAUAGCUUUUCAACAUAUGUUGCGAAACCUUUCAAAUUCCAAAACUGUGACGGAAGUAGUAGCUCUCCCUAAACCCGGAAAAGAUCCAGAGUCUCCAAAAAGCUACCGACCCAUAUCCCUUCUUUUGCCAUCUGUUUAAGCUCUACGAAAGACUAAUCCUCUACAGAAUAGAGAAGACCGUCGAUUCAAAGCUGAUUCCACACCUAGCAGGUUUGAGACCUGGAAAGUCCUGCACCAGUCAAAUCCUCGCAUUGACAGAAUAUAUCGAGGAGGGUUUUGAUAGUAAACAGAUCACAGGGUUGGCCCUAGUCGACCUCAGUUCCGCCUAUGUCGCGGUAAACCACAAGUUAUUACUGCAUAAAGCCAACGAGACCUUGAAAGAUUACCACCUAGUCAAGAUACUAGAAUCCUUGCUCCAAAACAGGCAGUUUUCCGUGGCGCUCACGGGCAAAAAGAGUCGAUGGCGAUACCAGAAGAAUGGACUGGCGCAAGGGGGCACCAAUUCUGUGUUCUGUGCUGGCACCAAUUCUUUUUAACAUAUACACAAAUGACCAAUCUAUUCCAGAUAACACUAGAACCUUUGCAUAUGCAGAUGACCUAGCAAUAACAGUUAAAGGCAAAGGUUCGAAGAUAUCGAGGAGAAACUAGAAACAAAAACAGUGUCAACUUAUUACAAAAAGAAUUCUUUAAAACCCAACCAAAACUAAAGUGAGUGUAUUCCACCUGAAUUCGAGACAGGCGAGCAGACUUAAUGUCACAUGGGAUGGGACACCACUAGAACACACAGAUAUGCCUACCUAUCUUGGCGUCGCGCGUCGUGCUGGACAGAACAUUGACUUACAAAUAUCACUGCGAAAAAACACGUAAAAAAGUAGAAGCACGAAAUUCCCUAAUAAGGAAGCUGACCAAUAGUAAAUGGAGAACUAAACCUGUCGUGGUCAGCAUCGCAUCGUCAAACAUCAAUUCGUGAACCAGAACCUCCAAUGAUACCAGACCAGAGAAUACACCUCACACUCGAAAGAUACCACGAAGAUCAAAUCGAGUAAUUCGUCCACCACUGAGAUAUUCACCAAAUUGAAAAGAGGGAGGUAUAUUUAUCGGAGUAAAAAAACGGCCAAGCUCAUGUCAUUAGUUUAGUUUUGAAUGACUUAUAAUUUUGAAAUUGUAAAUAAAAGUAAGAGUUUUAGUGCA